CUCGCCGACCACCUCCCCCCGCUCCCCGUUGCACCGGUGUGUGCGUGUGUGUGUGUGUGUGAGAGUGAGGGCCGGCCCCGUCGGUCCGUGGGCGUGGUUCCUCCUCCUGGUCUUGCCUGGCCUAGCCUGGCUGCUGUCGUGGAAGCCCUAGCCUGCUCUUCUGCUCUGGCCCCGCCGCUCCCCACUCUACGCAGGGCGGACGGCUGCGUCUGCUGGCCUCCUCGCCCCAUUGGGGAGCUACCGCCGAUCCCUCUCCACGCUAACCCAUACGCUUCGUUGAGGGUUACAUCCGUGCGUGGCGGUGGUGGAAUGAUGGACUGUUAGCACCAGUUUGCUUCUCGAUAAUUUUGGCUGAGCUCCUGUGCUUUAGGCUGUAACAAUUGGACCUACAUCUUGCUACUGUAGAAGGAGCAGCAAUCUCAUUUGUUCGUUCCGCGUUGAGAAUUGGUAUUCUCUACAAUGGCAGAUAUGAGCCCUAGAACAGAUACAUCAACAGAUGACACAGAUGAUAAUCACAUGCUUGAACCAGGUCAAGCUGCUCUUGUUGCUGCUUCUGACUCUAGUGACAGAUCCAAGGACAAACAUGAAGAUCAAAAGACAUUGCGUCGUCUUGCCCAAAAUCGUGAGGCUGCAAGGAAGAGUCGUUUGAGGAAAAAGGCGUAUGUUCAACAAUUGGAGAAUAGCAGGCUAAAGCUUACACAACUAGAACAAGAAUUGCAACGAGCUCGUCAGCAGGGCAUUUUUAUAUCCAGCUCAGUGGACCAGACUCAUUCCAUGAGUGGAAAUGGUAUAUAUCAAAUCCUUCAAUGUUUAAUAUGGGCAUUGGCUUUUGAUAUGGAGUAUGCACGUUGGUUGGAAGAACACAAUAGGCAAAUUAAUGAGCUAAGGUCUGCAGUCAAUGCUCAUGCAAGUGAUAACGAGCUCCGUGCUGUUGUCGACAAGAUCAUGUCGCACUAUGAGGAGAUUUUCAAGCAAAAAGGAAGUGCGGCCAAAGCAGAUGUCUUUCAUGUGUUAUCAGGCAUGUGGAAGACACCGGCAGAGAGGUGUUUCUUGUGGCUUGGAGGAUUCCGACCAUCUGAGCUUUUAAAGCUUCUUUCGACACAGCUUGAGCCCCUGACUGAGCAGCAGCUGUCAGGGAUAUCCAACCUUCAACAGUCUUCACAACAAGCUGAAGAUGCUCUUUCACAAGGAAUGGAGGCCCUUCAGCAGUCCUUGGCAGAAACAUUGGCUGGGUCUCUUGGUUCAUCUGGAUCAACAGGAAACGUGGCAAAUUACAUGGGCCAAAUGGCAAUGGCCAUGGGUAAACUUGGAACCCUUGAGAAUUUCCUUCGCCAGGCUGACAACCUGCGGCAGCAGACUCUUCAACAGAUGCAAAGGAUACUGACCACCAGGCAGUCUGCCCGUGCACUCCUUGUGAUAAGCGAUUACUCAUCGCGGCUCCGUGCCCUUAGUUCCCUCUGGCUUGCUCGGCCAAAAGAAUAGCAAGUGCAUGUAUAACUUGACUGCAACACAUUUUUCAGAGGUUGGAAGGUGAUGGUGAUCUUACAUGGAAGAUUUGACAAUCCUGCAAAGGACUUGAUUCGGAGAUAUUUGCACAUACUAUAAUCCAAAGAGAUCCUGUAUUCAGGUAGCUUAGUCUUAUGGUUGAGUGCAUUAGGCCCUGGCCCAUGUUGUACUGUUAGCCGCUGUAAAAUACUGUUUCAUUGUUACUUUAUGUAUCUGUAAGAUCCUGAUUUUCAGAGAAACAUUAGAAUGAGAAUUGGGAAUGGUCUUAUUGACUCUCCCCUGGUCAUUUGACA